GACAGAGUCUCAGCCUCGCCGCUGCCGCCCGGAGACUGCUGAGCCCCCGUCCGUCCGCCGCCACCCACUCGGGACACAGAACAUCCAGUCAUGGAUAAAAAUGAGCUGGUGCAGAAGGCCAAACUGGCCGAGCAGGCUGAGCUAUAUGAUGACAUGGCAGCCUGCAUGAAGUCUGUAACUGAGCAAGGAGCUGAAUUAUCCAAUGAGGAGAGGAAUCUUCUCUCAGUUGCUUAUAAAAAUGUUGUAGGAGCCUGUAGGUCAUCUUGGAGGGUCGUCUCGAGUAUUGAGCAAAAGACGGAAGGUGCUGAGAAAAAACAGCAGAUGGCUCGAGAAUACAGAGAGAAAAUCGAGACCGAGCUAAGAGAUAUCUGCAAUGAUGUACUGUCUCUUUUGGAAAAGUUUUUGAUCCCCAGUGCUUCACAAGCAGAGAGCAAAGUCUUCUAUUUGAAAAUGAAAGGAGACUACUACCGUUACUUGGCAGAGGUUGCUGCUGGUGAUGAUAAGAAAGGGAUUGUAGAUCAGUCACAACAAGCAUAUCAAGAAGCUUUUGAAAUCAGCAAAAAGGAAAUGCAACCAACACAUCCUAUCAGAUUGGGUCUGGCCCUUAACUUCUCUGUGUUCUAUUACGAAAUUCUGAACUCCCCGGAGAAAGCUUGCUCUCUUGCAAAGACAGCUUUUGAUGAAGCCAUUGCUGAACUUGAUACAUUAAGUGAAGAGUCAUACAAAGACAGCACGCUAAUAAUGCAAUUACUGAGAGACAACUUGACAUUGUGGACAUCGGACACCCAAGGAGACGAAGCUGAAGCAGGAGAAGGAGGGGAAAAUUAACCGGCCUUCCAACUUUUUGUCUGCCUCAUUCUAAAUUUACACAGUAGACCAUUUGUCAUCCAUGCUGUCCCACAAAUAGUUUUUUGUUUACGAUUUAUGACAGGUUUAUGUUACUUCUAUUUGAAUUUCUAUAUUUCCCAUGUGGUUUUUAUGUUGAAUAUUAGGGGAGUAGAGCCAGUUAACAUUUAGGGAAUUAUCUGUUUUCAUCUUGAGGUGGCCAAUAUGGGGAUGUGGAAUUUUUAUACUAGUUAUAAAUGUUUGGCAUAGUACUUUUGGUACAUUGUGGCUUCACAAGGGCCAGUGUUAAAACUGCUUCCAUGUCUAAGCAAAGAAAACUGCCUACAUAUUGGUUUGUCCUGGUAGGGAAUAAAAGGGAUACUUGGUUCCAGAUACAGGUAUAGUUUUUGUGGGUACUUUAAGGUUUGGAGCACUUACGAGGCUGUAGUAGAAAUGGGUAUUCUGUAGAUACCGUGUAUGGAACCAUGAGAAUCUGUGGAAUACUCAACUCUCAGUGUGCACACCUUUGAUUACAGUUGCAGAAGUGUUCCUUUAGUUCCUUUACUCUGGAUAAGGGCAGAAACGGUUCACAUUCCAUUAUUUGUAAAGUUACCUGCUGUUUGCUUUCAUUAUUUUUGCUACACUCCUUUUAUUUGUAUUUAAAUGUUUUAGGCAACCUAAGAACAAAUGUACAAGUAAAGAUGCAGUAAAAAUGAAUUGCUUGAUAUCCAUUACUUUAUGUGUAUCAAGCACAGCAGCAAAAUAAAAAUCCCAUGUAUUUAACUUUU